GCUUUUAUUCUAAACGUAUCUUGAGACGAGUCGUAAAAUUUGUAACAUCGCAAUGCGUUUCUUUGUGUGUUUUGCUACAUUGGCGGUGAUCGCAGCAGUGGCCUAUGGCGUUCCAAUUGCUGAAAACAAUGAUGCUGAACAAUAUCAAGCUGAUGCUCUGUUAGCCGUAGAUGUACAAGGACAUGAAAACGAAGGAGCACGUGAAGCACGUCAGUUUGGAUAUGGUGGUUACCCAGGUUAUGGUGGUUAUCGUGGUGGAUAUGGCGGUUAUCCUGGUUAUGGAUUUGGUGGUUAUCGUGGAGGUUAUGGUGGUUACCCAGGUUACGGCGGUUUUUAUGGUGGCCAUCGCCAUCAUCAUCAUGGCUUCUAUGGUUAAAUGUGAAAGUUUAUAUUUUAAUCAUAUACGUUUUUGCAUAUGAAGAUAAAGGACCACUUGCCACAAAAAAAUUGGAAUAUUUUAAAAUUU